UGGCCUUUGGUUUUGGUUCUGUUUUCUCAUAUAGCUGCGCCUAGCUACUACCAGCUAGCAUGACUUUCCACUUGCAGAUACACACUAAAAAAAGUCAUCUUUAACUGAGUUAAUUUCUCCUCGGUCGAUAAAACUUAGAUUGAUUGAUAUUCAGAUUGACAAACUCUCAAUUUGAUCAAUCUCUUCAAAAUGAAUAAAGCAUAUUCAAUCCCAUUACGCAGCUUUUUCUUCCUUCUUUUACUUAGCCACGGAGUCUCCCAGUCACUGCAGAAGCAAGAACAAUCAGUGCUUCUGAAGCUAAAAGAGCAGUGGGGAAACCUUAAAUAUAUGAGUCAAUGGAUCCCAUCAACGAACUCUUCUUCUCACUGUUCUUGGUCUGGUAUCAACUGCACGUCUAACUCAGUCACCGGGCUGAAACUCCAUAAUGUAAGCAUCAACAGACCAGUUCCUUCUUUUAUAUGUGAUCUCAAAAACCUCAGAGUCAUUGAUCUUGGGCACAACACCAUUCCUGGGAAGUUUCCAACAGCUCUGUUCAACUGUUCAAAGCUUGAAGACUUAGACCUCUCCGCAAACUUCUUAGUGGGAACCAUUCCUAACGACAUCAAUCGAAUGAUUCAGCUCCAGAAUCUUUCCCUGGGUGGUAAUAACUUUUCUGGCAACAUCCCAGCAGUAAUCGGACAGCUUCAAGAACUGAGAACACUCGACCUUGGGACUAACCAAUUCAAUGGCUCUUUACCGCCAGAAUUAGGUAACUUGUCUAAUCUUGAAACACUGUGGUUAUCCAAUAAUAAAAAUCUUUCCCCGUCAACGCUGCCUUCUAACUAUACCCAAUUGAAGAAAUUGAGAAAGUUGUGGAUUACUAACUCGAAUUUGAUCGGAGGAAUACCUGAUAGUAUUGGAGAUAUGACAGCAUUAGAAUCUUUGGAUUUAUCCCGGAAUAGCAUGAGUGGGAAAAUCCCAGAUGGGUUGUUCAAGUUGAAAAAUUUAAGUGAGGUUUAUCUUUUUAUGAACAGACUUUCUGGGGAGAUUCCUCAGGUGGUUGAAUCUCUGAAAUUGACUUUAAUUGAUGUCUCAGAGAACAGUUUAACAGGGAGCAUACCAGAAGACUUUGCCAAGCUAAACAAGUUGUCGGGCUUGGCCUUGUUCAUGAAUCAAUUAUCCGGAAAUAUUCCAGAGGGUUUAGGCAGAUUGCCAGGUUUGAUAGAUUUCCGUCUUUUUAUCAACAAUUUGUCAGGAGUUUUGCCUCCAGAUUUGGGCAAGUAUUCUAACCUCAGAACAUUCGAGGUCUCUUCCAAUAGGCUUGAAGGAAAACUACCAGAACAUCUUUGUUCUCAGGGUAAAUUGUCCGAUGUCGUGGCAUACGACAACAAUCUCAUUGGCGAACUGCCGGAAGGACUCGGAAACUGUAGCUCUUUGACUACGGUAAAAAUUUAUAACAACAAACUUUCUGGGAAUGUUCCUAGUGGUCUGUGGACAUCGUUGAAUUUGAAUUACUUGAUGCUGGGCAACAACGAAUUCACUGGUGUGCUUCCUGAAAAGUUGGCCCAGAAUCUUUCUCGGUUAGAAAUCAAUGACAACAAGUUUUCAGGUACCAUUCCAACUGGUUCAUCUUCCUGGAAGAAUUUGGUGGUUUUCAAGGCCAGUAAUAACCGCUUAACAGGUUCUAUUCCUUAUGAAUUAACCAAUCUUCAACUUUUGACAACUCUUUCGCUUGACCAGAACCAGCUGACAGGGGAUCUUCCACCACGUAUUCAAUCAUGGAAGUCUCUUAGCACUCUUAAUCUCUGUCGAAACCAACUCUCUGGACAAAUUCCUGCAGAACUUUCUUUCUUGCCUGCUCUUAACUAUUUAGACCUCUCAGAGAACCGACUUUCUGGCCAAAUUCCUUCUCAACUUGGUCAAUUGAAGCUCAAUUCUCUCAAUCUCUCUUCCAAUAAGCUCACUGGAACAAUCCCACUUGCAUUCGAGAACGCUGCAUAUGCUGACAGUUUCUUGGACAAUCCUGGUCUCUGUACAAGUUCCAACAAUUUGAAACUCAAGCUCUGUAGUUCCCAACCCAGAAAGCGUGACAAAAUUUUAACUCCAUAUCUUGUUUUGAUCAUAACACUAGGUGCAGUGGUCUUCUUGUUAGCUGUGUUCUCCUUAUUCUUCGUAAUCAGAGGCCAUUGGAGCAAAAAUGGACUUGAAUCCAAAUGGAAGCUAACCUCAUUCCAGCGACUAUCAUUCACAGAAUCUAAAAUCGUGUCCGGAUUGAAUGAUCAUAAUCUGAUUGGAACUGGAGGCUCCGGUAAAGUCUACCGUGUCCCUGUGAAUCGUGAAGGCGAUGUUGUCGCCGUAAAAAAAAUACGGAACGACAAGAAUGUGGACCGCAAGCUCGAGCAAGAAUUCUUUGCGGAAGUGGAGAUACUGAGCUUAAUUCGACAUUCCAACAUAGUAAAACUCAUGUGCUGCAUCUCAAGUGAGAGUUCAAAACUUUUAGUCUAUGAGUGCAUGGAAAACCGGAGUCUAGACCGAUGGCUACAUGGCAAAAACAAUCAACGCAUCUUCUCAACCUCCGGUUCUGUCCAUGGUGUCUUUCUUGACUGGCCCAAGAGGCUACAAAUAGCAGUUGGCGCUGCACAAGGCCUAUGCUAUAUGCACCAUGAUUGCGUCCCACCAAUUAUUCACAGAGACAUUAAAUCAAGCAACAUCUUGCUAGACUCCGAAUUCAACCCGAAAAUUGCAGACUUCGGCCUAGCCAAGUUGUUGGUCAGGCAAGGAGAGCUUGCCACAAUGUCCACUGUGGUUGGUUCUUUCGGCUACAUGGCUCCAGAGUACGGUCACACAGCAAGAGUUAAUGAAAAGAUAGAUGUUUACAGUUUCGGCGUCGUUCUCCUGGAACUGGCAACCGGAAGAGAAGCGAACAACGGCGGCGGCGACGAGCACAGCUCCCUCUCCGACUGGGCAUGGCGUCAAAUCCGAGAAGACAAGCCGAUUGCCGAAGCUUUGGACCCGGAAGUAAAGGAGCCAUGUAAUGUGGAAGAAAUGUGCUGGGUUUUCAGGGUCGGGAUCAUAUGCACGGAGACUCAGCCUUCCAGGAGGCCUUCCAUGAAAGAAGUCCUACAACUCUUGCUCCGAUGUAGCCGUCCGGUGAUGGGUUACGGCGAAAAGUUCUCCAUUAUCGAAUACGACGGCGCUCCGCUCCUGAAGAACUCGAAGAGUGAGAAUGUUUUAGAAGAAGAAGAUGAUGACGACAAUACUUUUGCUAAGAAUGUAUGAUAUAAUAUGGAGAGUUUUGGCCUGGUGGAAAACAAAGCCUUUAAUCACAAUAGAUUAAAGUUUUAGAAGCCGUUUGUUUGUACUAGUAGAGCAGAGUUAUGAGCAUGAACAAGACUUUAAGAAGGAUUAAAAUUGAGCGUCUACCCGCCUCUGGUGCUCCUGCAGUUAUUCCUUCACUCAGUUUGUACGAUUUCUUCCUCAGCUCCGGCAUCAACUCCCACGUCCUCUGACUAUCCCGUCUACCCGUUUUCUCCCAUGGCUUCCUUUGAGUUUUUCGACAAACAGAAGUUGUAAUCACGCUGGUUUCUCUGCUUUCCAUAUCUGCUCCGCUGGCUUUCUUUGCCCAUCAUCAUGGUAUGCCUGCUCUGUUCCACGCUUUCCCUCACAGAUCAAGACUCUACAUCUCCUGAACUUUUUCUGGUAGUCCGUGGUUUAACUUUCAAGCCCUUCAACAGAGAUGCUUUCCAGCGAACUAUAUGGCUGCCCUUUGGAAAGGAUGCUUUGAAGUGGAAAUCUCUGAUCUGCAAGAGUUCCUUUUUCUGAUUCAGUGAUUCGUUUUGGUUGCUAUGUUGACAACAAAGGGUGCUCUUGGUGAACCGUGGCAUUUCAGCAAUCACCAUGUAUUUUACACACUCCAACUGUUCUACAAAUUGUCUCAAUGGAUGAUCUCAACAUUUCAUCUUUCUAGUUUCAAUGAAAUGGCUUACUCCACCCUUUAAACACCUGAAAUUGAAGACAAAUGCAGACAUUUUAUUACUGAUUCCGGUAGUUGGUAUUGCAACAAUCGUUGGAAAAUCUAUUGGAGAUAUGGUAGCUGUUAUGUCUACGCGUAUUACGGGCUGCUUUCAACAACAACAAAAACUGGAGGCUUUAAGAUUUAUUUUAUAUCUAAAAUGGGUGCUUGAUCAUGUACCAUUGAAAUAGAAUUUCAAAUGGUGUUUAAGGAUUUCAAAAGGCUGCUGUUUUUUUUUUAUCUUUUCAAAAGAGACUGUAGAGAAUACACUUACGGAUUGAGAUUGAAAGAGGUUUUCUUCGACCCACAACA